AUGAGGUUGAGCGUAGGGCUAAUCACCCGACCUCAUAAAAAAGAAGUGAUUACGGAAACUAUGAACAAGUCAAUAAGAAGUCGUGGGGUAAGCAUAGCUAUCGAGCAUACUCCAAAGGAUGAUUUCAUAGCGGACAGAGAUGCAAGCACGAUGUCUACGAGCCAAAGCCGAAAGGAAGUUCGCGGACAGAGGGAUAUGCUAGUAAGCCCCAAAAACAUCGUCAGGUUUGGAUCAUGGAACGUAAGAACUAUGUACUCCACUGGAAAAACCGCACAAGUAAUAGCAGAAAUGAAGAGAUACCACCUAGAUAUACUUGGAAUAAGCGAAUGCAGAUGGACAGAUUCUGGAAAAAUCAGAGACCAGACAGGUGAAACGAUACUGUAUUCUGGGAGAAAAGAUAACCAUCACAUUAAUGGAGUUGCUAUUGCUAUAUCAAAAGAGAAAGCCAAGACAUUAUACGAAUGGGCACCCAUUAACGACCGCAUCAUAACUGCCAGGUUCUGGUCAAAGUAUAUAAAAACAACAUUAAUACAAGUGUAUGCACCUACCAAUGAUGCAGAAGAAGAAUCAAAAGAUAAUUUUUACGAACAACUACAGGGAGUCAUAGACAACACUCCACGCCAUGAUAUUAUAAUGCUAACUGGCGAUAUUAAUGCAAAAGUAGGUAACAAACAGGAAGGAGAGGAUGGAAUAGUUGGAAAGUAUGGUUUACACUCGGAAAGGAACGAUAAUGGAGAAAGAUUUGCAUCAUUUUGUGCCAUCACCAACUUGGCAAUAUCUUCAACAAUGUUUAAACAUAAAGACAUACACAAGCAGACAUGGACUUCACCAAAUGGUCAACACAAGAACCAGAUAGACCAUGUAGCAGUCAAUGGGCGCUUUAAAAGAUCUGUGUUGGAUGUCAGAGCACAACGAGGUGCAGAUGUCGGAUCUGACCACAAUUUAGUCAUCACAAAAGUAAUGCUUAAACUGCAUAAAAUAGGAAAGAAACCAACAUCUCAAACAAGAUUCGAGACAUGCAAACUUAAGGUACCAGAAGUUCGGAAACAAUUCCAAAUAGAACUGAGGAAUAAAUUUAAUGCACUCAGUGAAGACAACACCAUAGGUCCCAAUCCUGAUGAUAUAGAAGAAAGAUGGAACAACAUUAAAACUGCAUAUAAUGAAACUGCCAUAAAGGUACUUGGGUAUAGAAAAAGAAAAAACCAGGAAUGGAUAAGCCAGGGCAGUUGGAAAAAGGUAGAAGAGAGGCGAGUUCUAAAUGGCAAAGCAAAAAGUGCAAGAUCAGAGAGAUUAAGAGCUAGACUAAAAGAAAAGUAUGGGGACAAAGAAAAAGAGGUGAAAAGAAGUUUUAGAAAAGAUAAACGACAAUGGGUAGAUGACAUGGCGAAUGAGGCACAAGAGGCAGCAAACAUCGGAAACAUGAAAACUGUAUAUGAUGUGACCAAAUUAUUGUGCAACGAACGUCCAAAAACUGUUUAG